CCCUGCUAGGAUAAGAACACCUGAGUAGAUCCUGAAUAUGGCUCAGGGCAGGAGCUAGGGACAUGGGGGUGAGCGAAGGGGCUGGAGAAGCCAGGCAACGCUUUGGUAACCCUAAUUGUCCCACUUGGAUCUGGGGUUAGGUCAGAUGGAAAGGUUGGGAUAGGGUCCCCCAGCGCAAUGACACCUCCAGGUCUAGAAGGACCCAAUGGCUCGGGAUAGCAUGGCCCUAGGUAGGUGUGUUUGGUCAGUGCUCUCUCGCCGAAUGCUUCUCUGUACUGCUUCAUAGUUAGUGGGGAGACCCUGGUCUUAUUUCAGCCUGUCUUCUUCCCCACUGUCCCUCAGAGAGUCUCUAACCUACCAGCAAGGACCUGCCUCGGGAUCCUGCCGUAGACCUGUAAGAAGCACCUGUUAGGAGUCACCUUUGUACUCUGAGGCCAAGCACUAGGGGCUUCCAAAGAGUGUCAGCCAUUCCUAGGCACCCAGAGGAAGCAGGAGCCCCAUUUUGCCCAGCCUCCCUGAUCAUUGCUUUAGGGGUCCCUUCAACGUAGUAAGGCUGAGUUCUUGCCCAGAUAGUUCCCAGAUAGACGAUACAACCUCAUACUCUUACCAGUCCUCCAUAGAGGGGGCAUGCUGAUGGCUGGGGGUGGGCAAGACCCUCUGGCACACUGGCAGCAAGCCCCUUUGUGUCUUCUCUUUACCCAUUGGCAAUGGACAGGCUGGAGAAAGGCCACCCCUAAGGUGACUCCCAGCGUCCACAUUCUGCUUCACUUUAUGGCUGUCUAAAGUUCAAAAGGGCCCCGGCCCCCCUUCUGAGAAACUGCUUCUCAGUGGAACCCCAGCCUGACUCCUUUUGCUGCCCCGCAAAGCCCCACCACCACCAGGGGACACAAAGGCUCCAGUAUAUAAAUCAGGCAAAUUCCCCAUUUGAGCAUGAACUUCUGAAAACGGCCUGCAUCUAAGGUCUCCUCCAAGGCCCUCUGGAGUCCAGCCCAUAAUGAAGGUCUUGGCCGCAGGGAUUGUGCCCUUACUGCUGCUGGUUCUGCACUGGAAACACGGGGCAGGGAGCCCUCUUCCCAUCACCCCUGUAAAUGCCACCUGUGCCAUACGCCACCCAUGCCACGGCAACCUCAUGAACCAGAUCAAGAAUCAACUGGCACAGCUCAAUGGCAGCGCCAAUGCUCUCUUCAUUUCCUAUUACACAGCUCAAGGGGAGCCGUUUCCCAACAACGUGGAAAAGCUAUGUGCGCCUAACAUGACAGACUUCCCAUCUUUCCAUGGCAACGGGACAGAGAAGACCAAGUUGGUGGAGCUGUAUCGGAUGGUCGCAUACCUGAGCGCCUCCCUGACCAAUAUCACCCGGGACCAGAAGGUCCUGAACCCCACUGCCGUGAGCCUCCAGGUCAAGCUCAAUGCUACUAUAGACGUCAUGAGGGGCCUCCUCAGCAAUGUGCUUUGCCGUCUGUGCAACAAGUACCGUGUGGGCCACGUGGAUGUGCCACCUGUCCCCGACCACUCUGACAAAGAAGCCUUCCAAAGGAAAAAGUUGGGUUGCCAGCUUCUGGGGACAUACAAGCAAGUCAUAAGUGUGGUGGUCCAGGCCUUCUAGAGAGGAGGUCUUGAAUGUACCAUGGACUGAGGGACCUCAGGAGCAGGAUCCGGAGGUGGGGAGGGGGCUCAAAAUGUGCUGGGGUUUGGGACAUUGUUAAAUGCAAAACGGGGCUGCUGGCAGACCCCAGGGAUUUCCAGGUACUCACUGCACUCUGGGCUGGGCCAUGAUGGAAUCUGGCAAAGUUGAAACUUCCAUAGGCAGAGCUUCUAUACAGCCCAGCACCAGCUAGAAAUGGCAAUGAGGGUGUUGGUCUGAGAGAUUUCUGUCUCACUCACUCACUCACUCACUCUCACUCACUCACUCACUCACUCACUCAGCCCCUUGCUUGCUGGGUGUAUGAACAAGCUGCACAAGUUGUCUACAGCAGACAGCAAAGGGCUGGGAAGUGUCCUAGACCCCUACAGAGUCACCAUCAUCUGGUCCUUUGCUGUCUCUCAGAGAAACUUUGGAAGGCUUGGUUGGGAUGUGAGAGAGCUAAGGGGACUGGGAUCCAGAAGGAAUCCUUUUAUUUUAUUUUAUUUUAUUUUAUUUUAUUUUAUUUUAUAAGUUUUGUGGGUGGAAGGGUACCCUGGGGUGGAAUGAUGGAAUGUGUCUUCUCUUGAGUUGGAUGAGAGAGUUCAGGCUUAGAGACUGUCAGAUGGAAGAGUCUAGGUCACCAGUGUUCAGGCUCCCACAGAAGCACAGCGGCCAGCUUCCAGUUGUCAAAGCCUGACGAACUCGGUUAGCUUCUAUGCAGUUCCCCCCACAGCCUGGCGUGGUUGGGGUCUGCCAGCUGGACCUAGAGGUGAGGUGUGUGCAGGCAGGAAGAGGCAGGCUGCAAAGGCAGGUUCCCAGAGUCCUCCCGGGGAAGGACCUCUAACUGUCUAGGAGUCAGGGAAGGAGCAAGGCAGCCAGCCAUUGCUGAGGCAGUAGCCGACUGCAGCUCUCAUCUGCUUCUCAACCCCUGAGAACAGGUGAUCUUGAGCAGACAGACAGGUAGCAUAAAGUAGAAUGUCGGGUCUGAGGCCCCGGAGGUCGCAAAGGUACUUGAAGGGGACCAGAGGGCUGUCUUGGGUCCCUGGAGCAUGGAGAAGCAGAACUUGAGGUCAGGGUCUCAGGGAAGAUGAGGCCCAGAGUGCUGUGUUUGAUCCAGCACAGCUGUCUAUUUAUUACUAUGUCCUAUUUAUAUUAACUUAUUGGUGCUUUAAAUGGCAAAGUUAAUUCCCCGAAAUGGUAUGAGGCUCCUUCCAUGGGAGCUGGGGCCGAGACUCUCCACCUAGUGGGGCCUGGUCUGGAGGCACAUGAUUGUUACAGGUGCAGCUCAUGGGUCAAAUCAGAGAGCUGGCUAGCUCCUCUGUCUCCCACUGUGACUCACUUUUAGGGUGUCAGGGUCCCCCAGAAAAAGCUGGGCCAGUUUGUCUCUCUGCUUCUGUCUCUGUCUCUCCGAGUCUGUCUCUGUCUGUCUCUGUGUCUCUGUCUCUUUGUCUCUCUCUGUCUCUGUCUCUCUCUCUCUCUCCCCGCCCCCCCCCCUUCUCCCUCUGGUCUCCAAGGGGGUGGAACAGUUUCUUGUUGUUUUGUCCCACUGAGCUCUCUGGCACCCCCUAGAUUCCUGCUAUGCGGUGCACCAUUCAUAAUGAAGUGAAUGGCUCUGGAACCUUGGGCAAAACUGAUUCCUUCCUCAAAUCGUAGCUGAGGAGUGCUGAAACAUCCUGACCCGGCACCCAGCGUGCUUUCGACCAGCAUGGAAGCUCCUCGGGUGGCCCGAACACCCACAGAGGGUGAAUACAGGAGGUUGGAGCAGUGCAGGCCCUGAACUGGGCCUGAACAGCUGCCCAGUGCGCCAGAGAAGGGGAGAUCAAGGCCCGAGACGCCUGGGACACAGACCAGGAAGCUGUGGUCCUUGCUUCAUCGCUGCCUUCCCACUCCCGCCCAUGUCUGGGCUCCCAGGCAGGGAAUCCGAUCUGAUCUCUCCUUUGUGCUGAGGCCAGGCAAGCAGAGGAACGCCCUCGAUCUGGGAGCAGGGUAGGGAGGAAGGCAGCCAAGCUGGGGCAGUGGCUGACUACAGAGCUAGCUGCCUGCCUCUCAGGCUCUGAACAGGGCGGUCCUUAGCAGUUCAGCAGUGGGAUUCUGCUUCACGCGGUUUUGCACCUUUCUCUGUCACUCUCUAAGCACUUUACCUGGACGGCAGGUGGACAGGCCCUGGAGCUCUGGCUUAGGAAAGGCCUGGAACCAUAGAUGCAGCAAGGAGACUAUGGUGGGGGCCACGCGUGUCAGCGACAAAGUUACUCCACCGUACUCCUGUUGCUGCGUCAGGCUCAUCUCAGGACUGGCUGCCCUUCUCCAAGCUGAGAGUCAAUUUGUCUAAAAGCCAAGAUGAUGCCACAGCCUGGGGCCUGUUGGGCUUUGUCAUCACUUCACAUUUGUAUGGACUUGGACUCUCUGGGCUCCGCCCACCUGGCAGCUUUGAAGGCUCAGGGACCAAUGGACUCUCUCCGUGCACGCCCCCGUCCCCCCAACGCAACCACCUACCUGCGUCUUACUCCAUCAGUUGCCCAGCAUCCCAGAACCAUUGAGCCUUUGGGGAAAACAGACUUUAGGGGCAGGUAGUUGCUCACCUGACAUCUUUCACCUGGAAGCAUUGACUUCCACCGAGCAUAGUAGGUAGUGUGUCUGGACCAGAGAAAAAGGGAUGGGGCAUUUUGCAGUUUAUCCAGAGAGAAGCAAAGGGGCCUUUAUUUAUUAUUUAAAACUUCAAACCUGAAAGCACUGAGAGUUUACUGGUCUGCCCCCCUCCCCCCACUCUUGUCUAUUUCUGUGUCCUUGAUCCCGACUCAAGCAACCCAGCUCUGCUUUGCCUGCUCUCUGGAGCAGACAUGGUAUGUGGGCCAGGACCCCGGAGUCUUGCAUGGUAGCGGCUUCAGAAGGGAAAUGAUAUGGCUGUCUGCAUUCGGAUGACUCCCCAGUCCCAGCCCAGCCUCUCCUUUGCACUGCUGCUCUCCCUCUUUCCUUUCCUUUGGAAGGGACUUGGCCUUGGGUGACAAAUUCCUCUUUGAUGAAUGUACCCUGUGGGAAUGUUUCAUACUGACAGAUUAUUUUUAUUUAUUCAAUGUCAUAUUUAAAAUAUUUAUUUUUUAUACUGAAGGAGUGUCUUUUUUUUUUAAAGAAAAAAUGAAAUAAUAAAGAACUCAUUCUUGUUGA